AUGCUCGAGUGCCUGAUUGCCGAGAUCUUGGAGGUAGCGGAAAACACGGCUUGUGACAGUGGGAGGACCGAGAUCGUCCCCUGGCACCUGCAGUUAAGUGCUGAAUGUACUCAGCCUGAGAACCUGGACCCUGCGAAGCGUCCGCAGUGUCAGGACCGGCCCGGGGAGCUGUACGAGAACGGCUCCUUCUACAUCUUCACCAAAGAACUCAUCGUGAAUAAGACGUGUCUGCAGAGCGGUAAGGAAGGCCACAUCGAGCCGGAACACAGCGUGGACAUCGAUUGGUCCGUGGCUGAGCGGAGCGUUCUCAGGUACGGUUACUUCGGCCGUGGCGUGUCCCUGAUGUUCUGUCAGGUUUCUGGGUGUCUAACAGACGGAAGAGUCUUUCUGUCCGUAGUUGGACAAGACACGGUGUCCGUCCACACCAGAGACACAACGGGAAUCCGGAUGCUGCAGAAAGACGACGUCGAGGUGGUGCUGCUGGUGUCCAGCAGAGACCCUGCACAGGCGCUGGCUGACAAACUGAAGAGGCUGACGGGCUGCGAGGUCCAGGAGGUGGGCGACGAGCCGCUGGACCAUGUCCAGGCCAUCGUGGAGAAGAAGAAGCUGGACUGGAAGGACGUGGCCUACAUGGGCAGCGACACGUCGGACGCCAGCUGUCUGAACCUGGCGGGUCUGAGCGCCGUGCCCGCAGACGCCCCAGCAGAGGCGGUCACCGCGGCCAAGUACACGUGCCGCCUCGUCGGGGGGGCGGGGGCGGUGAGGGAGUUCGCCGAGCACGUCCUCCGGCAGAAAGAAACGGCCAAGUCCCAGAUGAAGCAGGACCGGAUCGACCGCAUCCACUUCUGAUGAAGACCGGGUCCAGACGGUGCUGAUGUAACAAACCAGUAACACAGCCGAACGAGCAGAUUCACGAAGAUUUCUACGAAUUUGAGCACGAUAAUUUAA